AUGGCCUCCAAUAUUCCUGUACCACCCGUGGCAGCAGCUGGCACUGCACCGGCAACAGGUGUCAACACUUCUCUGAUCCCGGCACCUGCUGCUAAUGCGACUCCGCUUCCCAUUUCUCCCCGGUCGCCUUCAGCGCCGCAUCGCCCAGUGUCUGCUUUGGAGGAUCCCAAAGAUGCGACCACCGCCACACUGGUCUUGCAAGAUGGUACUUCGUUCCAGGGUCUUUCCUUUGGCUCCGAGGCUGCAAGCAUCUCGGGUGAAUGUGUCUUUCAGACGGGCAUGGUCGGCUAUCCCGAAUCACUGACGGAUCCAUCGUACCGUGGCCAAAUCCUGGUGUUGACGUUUCCUUUGAUUGGCAACUAUGGCACUCCAUCAAGGGAAGAGGUGGAUGAGCUUGUGAAGGAUAUCCCCAAGUACUUUGAGUCAAGCGAGAUCCACAUUGCCGGUUUGAUCGUCGGCAACUACUCGCCCGACUACUCUCACCAUUUGGCUGCUUCGUCCCUCUCAACCUGGCUCAAGGAAAACAAUGUGCCCGCCCUCUAUGGCAUUGAUACCCGCGCAUUGACCAAGAAGAUCAGAAUGCAGGGUGUGCUCUUGGCCAAGAUCCUCUUCCCAAAGACCGCCGUCUCGGUGCUGGACUCCGCCGCCAAUGCCUUGGGCUUCACAUCAACCGCAAACGAGAACACCGAGAAAUGGAUGCAAGAUUACCAGGACGUUGAAUGGGUUGAUCCAAACAAGCGCAACUUGGUUGCUGAUGUGUCAAUCAAGGAAGCCAAGGUGUACAGCCCCGACCCAGCCAAGGCCAUCAAGGUUCCCUCUGGUCGCACUCUUCGCAUCAUGGCCGUCGAUGUCGGUAUGAAGUACAACCAAAUCCGCUGCUUUGUGCGUCGUGGUGUCGAGCUUAAGGUCGUGCCAUGGGAUUAUGACUUUAGCGCAGAGCCCACCGACUCGUACGAUGGUCUGUUCAUCUCUAACGGUCCUGGUGAUCCCACCAUGAUCGAGACCACGUUCAACCGUCUCAGAAGCGUGCUGCAGGCCGGCAAGAAGCCCAUCUUUGGUAUUUGCUUGGGUCACCAGCUGCUCGCUCUCGCUGCCGGUGCUAAGACCAUGAAGAUGAAAUACGGUAACCGUGGCCAAAACAUUCCUUGUACCAGCAUGAUUUCUGGCCGUUGUUACAUCACAUCCCAGAACCAUGGUUACGCAGUCGAUGCCUCGUCCUUGCCAGCGGACUUUGAAGAACUGUUCGUUAAUGCAAAUGACGGCUCCAACGAGGGUAUCAUCCACAAGUCCUUGCCGGUCUUCUCGGUCCAGUUCCAUCCCGAGUCGACGCCUGGUCCACGCGACACUGAAUUCUUGUUCGAUGUGUUCAUCAGCACCGUACGGGAAUGUGUCGAGCAGAACAAGCUUGUUCCCAUCAAGAUGCCUGGCGGUACAAAGGAGGAGAACGUCAAGAAGAACCCACGUGUGCAUGUGAACAAGGUUCUGGUUUUGGGCUCCGGUGGUCUGUCGAUUGGCCAGGCUGGUGAAUUUGAUUACUCCGGUUCGCAGGCUAUCAAGGCUUUGAAGGAAGAGGGCAUCUACACAAUCUUGAUCAACCCCAACAUUGCUACCAUCCAGACUUCCAAGGGUCUGGCAGACAAGGUCUACUUUUUGCCCGUCACCCCCGACUUUGUGCGCAAGGUCAUCCAGUUUGAGAAGCCCGAUGGUAUCUUCUGUACGUUUGGUGGCCAGACUGCUCUCAAUGUCGGUGUCAAGCUCAAGGACGAGUUCGCCGGCUUGGGUGUCAAGGUGCUCGGUACGCCCAUCGACACUAUCAUCACCACCGAAGACCGUGAUCUAUUUGCCCAGGCCUUGUUUGAGAUCGAUGAAAAGUGUGCUCAGUCUGCUUCGGCUAUCAAUCAUGAGGAGGCUCUUGCCGCUGCCAAGGAGAUCGGCUACCCCGUCAUUUGCCGUGCUGCCUAUGCUCUCGGUGGUCUUGGCUCUGGUUUUGCAAACAACGAAGAGGAGCUUUUCGCGCUGUGCAACAAGGCUUUCGCAACCUCACCUCAGGUACUCAUCGAGAAGUCCAUGAAGGGCUGGAAGGAAAUCGAAUACGAAGUCGUCCGUGAUUGCCGUGACAACUGUAUCACCGUCUGUAACAUGGAGAACUUUGAUCCCUUGGGCAUUCACACUGGUGACUCUAUUGUCGUUGCUCCCUCGCAGACGUUGUCUGAUGAGGAUUACAACAUGCUCCGUACCACUGCUGUCAAUGUCAUCCGCCACCUGGGUGUCGUUGGUGAAUGUAACAUUCAGUAUGCUUUGAACCCCUUCUCCAAGGAGUACUGCAUCAUUGAAGUCAACGCUCGUUUGUCGCGUUCGUCCGCUCUAGCCUCCAAGGCUACAGGCUACCCACUUGCUUUUGUUGCCGCCAAGUUGGGUCUGGGCAUUCCCUUGAACGAGAUUUCCAACAGCGUUACCAAGGUUACCUGCGCAUGCUUCGAACCUUCGCUCGAUUACUGUGUUGUGAAGAUUCCUCGUUGGGAUUUGAAAAAGUUCAACCGUGUCAGCACCGCUCUGAGCUCUUCUAUGAAAUCCGUUGGUGAAGUCAUGGCUAUCGGUAGAACCUUUGAGGAAACCAUUCAAGAGGCCAUCCGUGCCAUUGACUACAACUUUGUUGGUUUCAGUCCUAAUGACGACGUGAUUGAUAAUGAUAACAUUGAUGAAGAGCUCCAGAACCCAUCCGAUCAGCGCUUAUUUGCUAUUGCUAGCGCCAUGAACGCUGGUUACACCGUUGAUCGCAUCUGGGAGUUGACCAAGAUUGACAAGUGGUUCUUGAACAAGCUUAUGCGUAUUUCCAACCUCGAGAAGCGCAUGGAAGGAUUCACCAAAGCUAACAUCCCCGGCAACCUUCUUCGCUCUGCCAAGCAGCUCGGUUUCUCGGACAGACAGAUCGCCAACAAGAUCAACAGUAACGAGCUGGCAGUUCGUCGUCUUCGCCAGGAAUAUGGUGUUAUGCCAUUUGUUAAGCAGAUCGAUACUGUCGCUGCCGAAUUCCCUGCUUUCACCAACUAUUUGUACAUGACGUACAAUGCUGUGGAGCACGAUGUCACCUUUGAAGAUAAUGGUAUUAUGGUGCUGGGCUCUGGUGUGUACCGUAUUGGUUCGUCUGUCGAAUUUGAUUGGUGUGCUGUCCGAGCCAUCCGUACCUUGCGCGAAAAGGGUAUCAAGACAGUUAUGGUCAACUACAAUCCCGAGACUGUAUCGACCGAUUAUGACGAGGCUGACAGGUUGUACUUUGAGAACAUCAACUUGGAACGUGUGUUGGAUAUCUAUGAGGUGGAGCGCUCAGGUGGUGUGAUCAUGUCCAUGGGUGGCCAGACACCCAACAACAUUGCCUUGCCCUUGUAUCGCCAGAACGUCAAGGUUCUUGGUACCUCCCCUGAAAUGAUUGACAAUGCCGAAAACCGCUACAAGUUCUCGCGUAUGUGCGAUCGUAUUGGUGUGGAUCAGCCUCUUUGGAAGGAAUUGACAAGCUACGAAGAGGCACAGGAAUUCUGUGAUACUGCUGGCUAUCCCGUGCUUGUACGUCCCUCAUACGUGUUGUCUGGUGCUGCCAUGAACGUCGUGUUCUCCAAGGAUGACUUGAAAGCUUACCUCAAGGAAGCAUCUUCCGUCUCGCGCGACCAUCCUGUCGUUAUUUCCAAGUACAUUGAAGAAGCUAAGGAAAUUGAAAUGGAUGCCGUUGCUGUUGAUGGCAAGCUUGUCAUGCACGUCAUUUCCGAGCACGUCGAAAAUGCUGGUGUCCACUCUGGCGAUGCCACUCUUGUGUUACCUCCGCAGGAUUUGGAUCCUGAGACCGUGCGCAAGAUCGAAAACGCUACUGCUAAGAUUGGCCGUGCCUUGAAUGUCACUGGUCCUUUCAAUAUCCAGUUUAUUGCCAAGAACAACGAGAUCAAGGUUAUCGAGUGUAACGUCCGUGCUGCUCGCUCCUUCCCCUUCGUCUCCAAGGUGAUGAACGUCGAUUUGGUUGAGUUGGCCACAAAUGCCAUGCUGGGUCUUCCAGUCCAGGCUUAUCCCAAGAUUGACAUUCCCAAGGAUUACGUUGGCGUCAAGGUACCCCAGUUCUCCUUCAGCCGUCUUUCUGGUGCCGAUCCUAUUUUGGGUGUUGAAAUGGCUUCGACUGGUGAAGUUGCCUGCUUUGGCAAGGACAAGUACUCAGCUUAUCUCAAGGCUCUUUUGGCUACUGGAUUCACGUUGCCUAAGAAGAACAUUCUGUUCUCGAUCGGUUCAUACAAGGAAAAGCAGGAACUUUUGCCUAUGGUAAAGAAGCUUCAUCAGCUUGGCUAUAAUAUUUUUGCCACUACCGGUACAGCCGACUUUAUCUCCGAGCACGACAUUCCGGUGAAGCACUUGGAAUCACUGGAUGGCGAUGCUGGUGACAAGCUCAAGGCCGAAUACUCUUUGCAACAACAUUUGUCGAACAACUUGAUUGAUAUGUACAUCAACUUGCCGUCUCGUAACCGUUACCGCCGCCCUGCCUCGUACAUGUCCAAGGGUUACCGUUCGCGCCGUAUGGCUGUCGAUUACUCGAUUCCUCUGCUCACCAACGUGAAAUGUGCCAAGGUCUUUAUUGAAGCCCUCGCGCGCAACAAGGAAUUCGAAGUUUCUGGUGUCGAUUACAAGACGAGCCAUACUUCUGCUACGUUGCCUGGUUUGUUCAACAUUAGCGCCCCCAUCACCACCAGCGCUGACUUUGGUUUGAUGUCCAAGGCUUCCAUGUGCGCCGGUUUCACUACUGUCUCUACCGUUGCUGAUGACGUCCAGGAUGCCCAAUCGCUCGAAGCUGCUAGCUCGGUCGCUCGCAAGUCCGCAUACACUGAUUAUCUUUUGAAUAUGACUGCAACUGGCAGUAAUUCUCCUCAGCUCGCAGCUGCUGCUGCCGAAGUAGCCGCCGUGUACGUCAACAGUGACAAGAUCGGCAACGGCGAAGUUUCCUUGUUUGACUCUGUGUUCUCUUCGUGGCCGAGCACCCACUUGAUCGUCACUGAAGCUAAGGGUACUGACUUGGCCUCUAUUCUCUUGUUGGCAUCGCUCCACAACCGCGUUAUCCACGUGACCAAUGUCAUGAGCAAGAAUGAUUUGGCUUUGAUUGAGAUGAGCAAGAACAAGGGUUUGGAAGUGACCUGCGACGUCGGCGUCUAUUCACUGUUCUUCACCUCUGAAGAAUACAACAACACCAAGUUGCUUCCUACCAAGAAGGAGCAGGAGGCUUUGUGGUCUAUGAUGGAUGUUAUCGACUGCUUCUCGGUUGGAUCGACGCCUCGCAAGUUGGCUGCUGAACUUGGCCAUACUGCAUCAAACACUGCUGGUAUCAGUGAAGCUUUGCCACUGUUGUUGGACGCUGUUUCUCAGGGCCGCUUGAAGCUCAAGGAUAUCUCGGAUCGCAUGCACGAGAACCCCCGCCGCAUCUUUGGUUUGGUGUCCCAGGCUGAAGCUUCCGUGGAGAUUGAGGUCGACCGUCAAUAUGUCUGGUCCUCCACUAAGGAAUGGUCGCCGUUGGCAGGUCGCACUAUCCGUGGUUCCGUACACCGUGUUGCCGUUGAAGAUCGCACCUUGUACAUGGAUGGUACCUGCCUUGUCACUAGUGGUGAUGGUCGUGAUGUUUCGAUCCAAGGCCAAGCUGUCAAGUCAGCUGUCAAGGAAGCUCAACAAAAGAUUGAGCAGCAAGCUAGCGCAUUGCCUGUACCUGAAACUGCCAAUGAAAUUGCUUCGCCUCGUCUUACCCCUGCCGAUCCCGUCAAGUUAGCCGGUGCCCACGAUCAAAACCUUGUCUCGUACCAGUCGCCUAGCUACGAAAUUUCUGCUUCGCUGGCCCGCGUUAUCAGCCGCUCACCAUUCUAUCGCAAGCACAUUUUGCGCUCCAAGCAAUUCGACCGCAACGACUUGCAUCUUUUGUUUGGUGUUGCUCAUGAAAUGCGCAACUUGGUGGAACGCUAUGGCUCUAUCAAUAUUUUACAAGGGCGCGUCAUGAACACAAUGUUCUUUGAACCUUCGACUCGUACAUCGUCCUCGUUCGAAGCUGCCAUGAUGCGUCUUGGUGGUCAAGUUGUAUCUGUCAGUGCUACCACUUCUUCUGUCCAAAAAGGUGAAUCGCUCGCAGAUACUGUCCGCACAUUAGGUUGCUAUGGUGAUGUAAUCAUCCUUCGUCAUCCUCAGCCAGGUUCGGCUCAACUUGCCGCCAAGUACUCUAAGGUUCCCAUCAUCAACGCUGGUGACGGUAUUGGCGAACAUCCCACGCAGGCCUUCCUCGAUGUGUUCACCAUCCGUGAAGAACUAGGCACCGUCAAUGGAUUGAGUAUCACUCUUGUUGGCGAUUUGAAGAACGGUCGUACCGUCCACAGUUUGGUCAAGAUCCUCGCCUACUAUCAAGUCACCAUCAAUUACGUCGCACCCGAGUCUCUGUCUAUGCCGAAGGAAGUCAUGGAGGAGGUUGAACGCUCUGGUGUCAAGCAGAACGUCUACAACUCGCUCGAUGAAAUUAUUGGUGAAACCGAUGUGCUUUACAUGACUCGUAUUCAAAAGGAACGUUUCGCUUCUGAAGAAGAGUACAAGAAUGUCAAGGACGCCUUCAUUCUCAACAACGAUGUUUUGAGCAAGGCCAAGUCGCAGAUGAUUGUUAUGCAUCCUCUCCCUCGUGUCAACGAGAUUGAACCCGAAGUCGACUUUGAUCAGCGUGCUGCCUACUUCCGCCAGAUGCGUUAUGGUCUCUAUGUCCGCAUGGCUCUCUUGGCCUUGGUCAUGGGCACGCUUCGCGGCUAA